AUGACAAGAGUAGUGGUGACAGGACUUGGUCUGGUCAGUCCCCUCGGAGUCGGAGUAAAACAGGCAUGGAACCGACUUAUUGCUGGAAAAUCUGGAAUUGUGGCUCUCGACGAACGGUUCGACGCUUUAUCCUGCCGAGUAGGAGGAGUGGUCCCUCAGGACGAAUGGUCUGAAGCUUCAUCUGCCAACCUCGCAGCUGGAGAGAUCAAACGGGUACCUCUGUUUGCCCAGUAUGCCAUGGUGGCUGCCCAGGAGGCUGUCAACGACAGCAAAUUGCUAGCUGACGCAGGGGAGUCAGCUAAACACACAGAUAUUGGAUGUUCGAUUGGUACUGGAAUCGCCAACAUGGCUGAACUGGCAGAUACAGUCACAGCUUUCAACAACAAGGGUCCCCGAGGUAUUUCACCACUAUUUGUUCCCCGAAUCAUUGCUAACAUGGGUGCGGGACACGUCAGUAUGCGGUUCGGUCUCCAAGGACCCAAUCACUCUGUAUCCACUGCCUGUGCCACUGGAGCUCACAGCAUAGGAGAUGCAGCCAACUUCAUUCGACUGGGAUACGCGAAGGCUAUGAUUGCCGGAUCAACCGAGGCCUGUAUGCACCCAAUUGCACUUGGUGGAUUUGCACGGGCCAAGAGUGUGGCUACCAAGUGGAACGACUCCCCCUCUGAAGCAUCCAGACCCUUUGAUAAAGAUCGAGGAGGAUUUGUUAUGGGCGAGGGAUCUGCUGUUCUUGUCCUAGAGGAAUAUGAACACGCCGUUGCCCGUGGUGCUCCCAUUUACGCUGAAGUGUGUGGUUACGGUCUUUCUGGAGAUGCUCAUCACAUUACUGCCCCUCCUGAUGAUGGAAACGGGGCCUAUCGAGCCAUGAAACAGGCUCUCAAGCAGGCCAAUGUUUCUGCCGUCAAGAUCGAUUAUGUUAACGCCCAUGCCACUUCCACCCCUCUUGGUGACGCGGCUGAAAAUGCUGCUCUGACUCAACUCUUUGAGGGCAGAAACCUGUCUGAUAUCGCCGUUUCUUCCACCAAGGGUGCCAUUGGCCAUCUUCUGGGUGGAGCUGGAUCUGUGGAGGCUCUGUUCACCAUCAAGGCUCUCGAAACUGGAGACUUGCCUCCCACUCUCAACCUCAAUGAGCUUUCUGACCCUGAUGUCUUCAAGUUCAACUUUGUGCCCAAGGAGACUCAGCACCGUGAUGUCCGGUAUGCACUCAACAACAGUUUCGGAUUCGGAGGCACCAACUCCAGUCUUCUUUUUGGUAAGGUAUAG